AUGUGCCUAGCAUCUGGUGGACCUCACUACAUCUCCUUCGACUUCCAGGGCUCCUCCACUUACACCUUAGUCAAGGUCUGCAGCAGCGACCCCUGGCUGGAGGAAUUCUCCGUGGUGGUAGAGAACAAGAGCUCUGGUGGUGGCCUCAUGGCUCUGAUGAGGAUGGUUGUGGUCUCUGUCCAUGGUUACACGGUCACCUUGGAGAGACGGAGGAAGAGCAAGGUCGCAUCCAGCUGCUGUUUCACUCGCACAUCCCAACCCAGCGGCUCCCAAUCGAAGCGACUGGCCGAGAUGAAAACCCCCCUCGCUUUCCUGCUGCUGCUGCUGGGGUUGGUGCUGCCCGCCCCUGUGGAGAUGGCAGAAGACUCCCUGCUGUAUCCCUAUGGACCAGCCCAGGGCGACCAGCAGAACCCCAAAGCUGAUGAUGGGGCAUCACCGGAGAUCCCCAUCUCCAUGACCUUCACCUUCUAUGGCAAGGAGCACCAUUCCCUCUACGUGAACAACAAUGGCGUGGUGUCCUUCGGCGUGUCCGUCUCCCAGUACACCCCCGACCCCUUCCCCUUGGCUGAUGGCCGACCCUUUGUGGCCCCCUACUGGGGCGAUGUGAACAACAACCUGAGUGGGGACGUCUACUACCGGGAGACCCAGAACCCCGAGCUGCUGCGCCGCCUCACCAGAGACAUCAACCAGUACUUCCCGGAGAUCCCCUUCACUGCCACGUGGGCCUUCGUGGCCACCUGGGACCGUGUGGCCUACUACGGCUCCACCUCCCAGAAGGUGAACACAUUUCAGGCUGUGCUGGCAAACGACGGCAAAGUCACCUUCAUCAUGCUGAACUAUGGCACGAUCCAGUGGACCACGGGCACAGCGAGUAGAGGAGACGCCAACACCGGCCUAGGGGGCACUCCCGCCCAGGCUGGCUUCAACAGCGGCGACGACAAAAACUUCUACAACAUCCCGGGCUCCCGCACAGACGCCAUCCUCCACAUUGGGCAGACAAGCAAUGUCGGGGUUCAGGGCCGCUGGGUCUUCCAGGUGAAUGAUUUCAAGGUGACAGGAGUCCCCACCGAGAGCAGCGACUGCUGGCUAUAA